AAGUACAAUGAAACCAAGCAAAUACCCAGCUAAUAUUAUUAUUAUCAAUCCCACAAUCCGUUGAAAUUUUGAAAAAUAAUGAUUGUGUAAUGUAAGUGUUAAACUAUGAUUACGCAAGAACCCUCUUAAAUAUUCUCAAUUGAUCAUCAGAUUAAAUGAAAUAAAAAAAUUGCAUCAUGCGUACAUGGCAUACCAUGAGACCACCAUUGCUCCUGGGUAUGACGUGCAAGAGAAGUCUGGCUCUCGUUUCCCUGCCACGUCUGCAAAAGAAUAUACCAACCGUUAAAGCCAGAGAAAAGAAAAUAAAACAGCCAGUUCACAUGUAUUGCGUCUCCGCAAGAUUGGCAUAACAAUUAAGCAAAAAAUUCUACUGGAAGAGGACUUGUGGGAUAAAGUGGAUUAAACUCCUCUCUCCUUGCUUGAUUGGAUAACGGUCAGAGUUGAUUCAUGGACAUGCCACGGGCUGGCUCCUCAUAACCUUAUCCUUAUAAUUGACACAACUAAAUAUGGAAUGAACUUCUCUUUUCUGGAAUUCUGGCAAAAAAACUUCUCUUCUAAAUUUUGGGUUCUGGUUUCUUGCAAGGCAUCACUAAACAACCUUCCCUCCCUUUACUUUCACUCAAAUUACGCUUGUCUCCAUGGCUUAUAAACGCAAUUGCCCGUUGAGAAAACAUGUUGAUGCAAGCCUAAAGGAGAUCAAACCAACAAGAGAAACACGCCUGAGAAGUAUUGGAUCAUGGAGAUUAUUGUAAAAGGAGAAGAUGCACAUCAUCGGGAUGAAGAGAAGGCACCACUUCUGCGACAUCAUAAGUCCAUGCUUGAUGGCGAGAAGAAAAACCUGAUACAGAAGGCAAUCAGUCAGACUUUUAAGCACACAGGACAUCACCGGGAUGAAGAGAAGGCGCCACUUCUGCAAGAUCAUAAGUCCAUGCCUGAUGGCAAGAAGAAAAACCUGAUACAGAAGGCAAUCAGUCAAACUUUUAAGAGCACAGCACAUUUGGCCAAUCUUUUGCCCACUGGAACAGUUCUUGCUUUCCAACUUCUAUCACCUAUAUUCACUAACCAAGGGAACUGUGACCCUGUCAGCCGAUUCAUGACUGCUGGCCUUGUAGCCCUCUGUGGCUUAUCUUGUUUCCUGGCCAGCUUCACAGAUAGCUUCAGGGAUGAGAAUGGAAAUGUUUGUUAUGGGUUUGCCACAGUCCAUGGUCUAUGGGUCAUUGAUGGGUCAGACACUCUUCCACCUGCAGUUGCUGAAAAAUAUAGACUGCAUUUUAUAGAUUUCAUGCAUGCCUUCUUGUCAAUAUUGGUCUUUGCAGCUGUGGCACUAUUUGAUCAGAAUGUGGUAGGUUGCUUCUACCCAACACCAUCAGUUGACACACAAGAGAUCCUCACAGCAGUGCCAGUUGGGAUAGGUGUAAUAUGCAGCAUGUUAUUUGUAGUCUUUCCAACCAAGCGCCAUGGAAUUGGCUUCCCCUUGUCUGCAAAUUAAUACUUGUUUCUAUGGGAUUAGAUGCCCCUAAUCUUUCCAAAGUUGUAAAGUUAUUCUAAACACGAUAUACUUCUCAUUUUUCUAGUUUGAUAUCUUCUCAAGCACCAUUGAUAUUGAACCAUAACCAGUUCAUAUCACCAAACAUCCAGUUGCUGAACUCAUUAAAAGUAGCAGUCAAAA